AUGCUAAAGAAGUUUUUGGUAUCGAUAUCGUUUCUCUCGCCAUUCAACAAGGACGCGAUCACGGCCUAUCCAGCUACAACGCUAUGCGCUUACACUGUGGCGGCUUCGUUUGAUGAGCUUUCGUCAUAUUUGUCGCCAAAUUUGAACCCAAAUGAACUGGCAACUUUAUAUGAGCACGUGGACGAUGUCGAUUUGGUCGUGGGUGUAUUAGCAGAACGGCCGACACGUGGUUCCCUGGUGGGUGACGUGACAGGAUGUAUUAUCGGCAGUCAGUUCCAAAAAACUCGCAACGCUGAUCGUUUCUGGUUUGAGAACUAUUUUGCACCAUCGGCAUUCACAGAGGAGCACCUGAGUGCAAUCCGAAAGACAACCCUAGCAGGCAUCCUUUGCAGUACCACUGGCCUCAUCACCAUUCAGCCAAAUGUGUUCAUGGUCAGCGACCACUACGAGUAA